AUGAUUGGGAGUGAGGGCCCUCGCGCUGACUUAGGAAAUGAGCUGGGUAUGCCACAGGCUCCCAGGGAAUCUGAUGGGGCCUUAAAAGUCCAGAAAAAGUUACCCGUGAAGGACAAACUGCCUUCUAAUGAGGACCAGGCUCCCAGGGAAUCUGAUGGGGCCUUAAAAGUCCAGAAAAAGUUACCCGUGAAGGACAAACUGCCUUCUAAUGAGGACCAGGUUGAGGACCCUCUGGAGAAGAUCGACUGGCAUGACUAUAAGCAGAUAGCGAUAGACAAACACCGCAAAGGUGCGGGAGAGCAGGGACAGGCGGUCAUUAUCUCCCCUGAUGGUGAGGAGAAAGCCAAAAUGCAGUCUCUCUUCAACCCUAACGGUUUCAAUGCCUGGAUUAGCGAUAAGAUCUCAGUCGAGAGGUCACUGGCUGAUAUACGGCACCCAGAGUGUAAAAAUAAGAAAUACCCGAGGAAGCUCCCCAGAGCAAGUAUUAUCAUACCAUUCUACAACGAACACUGGACCACACUCUUAAGAACAGUUCACAGUGUAAUCAACAGAUCUCCCGCACAUCUUCUUCAUGAAGUAAUCCUGGCGGAUGACUUCAGCAAUAAAGAAUUUUUGGGAGCUCAACUGGAGUACUAUAUGAAGAGUAAAUUUGACAAAGUCAAGGUGCUACGUGCCGAGAAACGAGAGGGGUUGAUUCGCACCCGACUGCUGGGUGCCCGUGCUGCCACGGGGGACGUGCUCAUCUUUUUAGACUCUCACGUGGAGGCUAACACUAACUGGCUCCCUCCGCUGCUAGAACCCAUUGCCCUAAACCGGAAAACAGUUACCUGCCCUUUCAUUGAUGUCAUUAGCUACGAGACGUUUGCAUACAGCGCUCAGGACGAGGGUGCUCGGGGUGCAUUUGACUGGAACUUUUUAUACAAGCGAAUUCCACUUUUACCCGAAGAUUUGAAGCAUCCGUCAGAACCCUUUAAGAGCCCAGUAAUGGCAGGAGGCUUAUUUGCAAUCGACAAGGACUUUUUCUGGGAGCUUGGCGGUUAUGACCCUGGCCUUGACACUUGGGGAGGAGAGCAGUAUGAACUAUCAUUCAAGAUCUGGCAGUGUCACGGGUUGAUGGUUGACGUCCCUUGUUCCAGGGUCGGUCAUGUCUACAGGAAAUAUGCUCCCUUCAGCCUCGGCUCUGUAGGCAAGAAUUUCAAGCGUGUGGCUGAGGUAUGGAUGGACGAGUAUAAGGAGUACCUAUAUCAGCGACGGCCAUACUGCAGACAGAUAGACGCCGGCGACCUUUCCGCUCAGCUGGCGAUUCGGAGCAAACUCCAGUGCAAACCAUUCGAAUGGUUCAUGAAGGAAGUGGCCUUUGACCUGCCCAAUUAUUACCCACCUGUAGAGCCCAAACCAAUUGCCUAUGGGGAGAUUCUUCACAUGAGAACUGGGAAGUGUUUAGGCUGGAAUUUUAGGUUUGGACUCAAGAAAUGCAGCAAGGACGGAGGCAAUGGCGGCGUGCAGGAGUUCGAGAUGACCUGGCACAAGGACCUGCGGACUACACAAACAAACAGGUGCUUGGACGUGUCACAAUACAAUCCUAAAGCCCCUGUGUCUCUUUACAACUGCCAUGGAAUGAAAGGGCACCAGUGGUGGAAAUUUAAUGUGGACACGCACCAAUUAAAGCAUGUGGUCAGUAACCAAUGUCUGGACGCGGACGCUGAAGGGAAGGAUAUCUACAUGAACCCGUGUGAUACGGACAGUCUCACACAGCAAUGGACGUUCGGACAUAUCAAUGAGACAGCAGUCAGACUAGAGUGGGCUAAAGGUUAGGAUACAGCCUCACAUAUAGCCGGUCAUACCCUAGAUGUCUGAUGACGUCAAACGUCAUCUUCAUCGGAAGGAGGAAGGUACACGUUAAUCUGGUAGAUCUGACGUUUUAACGCCUGUCAUCAGAGGUCAGGUGAAGGUCAAUAGUAACCUGUCUGAAAGAGGACAACGAUGAGAGGUUGAGUGUUCUCCGUUUGACAGGAAUUAGAUGGAGGUUACAGGUCAUCUGUCUGAAAGAGAAGGACGAUAAAGUUGUUGGCUAACACUGGUGUUCGACAGAAGUCACAGGUGUUCACAGACGUCAUACACUAAGACAAGACUAAGACUCCGUGACAUACGAGAUCUCAGUAUCCUCUGUCACAGAUGAGGAUUGAAAUGUGAGGACUAAACGGCUGCUUCAUAUGGACACACAUAAUUAAAGGGUUAUUCGGGUAAUUUUUAUACGGCUUACUUGCAUUGUGGGAUGGAGUUUCCAGCUCUGUGCCUUAUUAUGUUUAGCAUGUAUCUUAUGUAUAAACUUUUUUUCAGGAAGAAUCUAAUGCUACACGUCUUCCCGACAUCCUGGUCAUAAUUUCAGGCAAUUAAGUUUGUUUUCUGGGGGCUUGGGGCUUACGACCCUGGGCACGACACUUGGGGAAGAGUGCAAGAUAGGAAACAUCAUUUAAGGCUAUAUAACUAGGAAUCUUUUUAAGGCAACUAACUUUCAUUCCAAGAUUUUUUUUGUGGAUUAAGGAGAAAGGGGGAGGGGGGAUCGUAAUUCAGUUCUUUUCAUAAAACGGGUCUUCUGAGAAUGUGGCUUUGGACAUUUUUUUUUCCCAUUGACGGCUUUACGUGUGAUUUUAACCUUUCGUCUGGUUAACAUAGGCAGAAGACCGUUUUAUGAGCGAUGUGAAAGUCUCAGAGCUGUAAAUGUGUUCAUAUAUCGAUAUGAAAAUGGAUCAAAUCAUAUCAUUAAACAAAUCAGCUCAAGUGUGCAGGAAUUGUCUUAACGCUUAGAGUUUUAUCUGUAAUCUGGACAGUCAUGUGAAAUUUGGCUGAGUCUAGGCGAAAGAAGGGCUUAGAUGGUAAGGGCUCUGACUCAUGCGGCUGACUUGCACCAAUCAGUUUCUGUUGCCCAUUUAAACCAAAAAAUGAUUACAUUUUUGUGAGUCGGUGGUUUACUCCCGGCAUCAAUAGGACUGCCUGCGUAUAUUUUAAAAGAAAAGACAACAAACAAUUUAACCUUAGUUUCGGAAGAGAGGUAGAAACAGAGCUAAAUGGUCAUUGCAACUUUGUUCUAGCGAACUUGGUGACUUUGAUCAACUUUUAAUCUGGAGUUUAUUACGAAGACAUGGGAGGCGAUAUGAUACAGAAACCGAAAAUAUGACGUCGCGUCACCCGUGCCCCAGGCUCAUAUGCCCAAAAGGCAAAUCAAGGUUCGGAGGACGUCAACAGAAACAGCUACGAUUUGGGGCCAAAGAAAUGCCUAAUUGGUUAAAAUUUACGACAUGGCAGAGCUUUCAAUUUUCUCAAUGUGCGCGAUUUUGCAUACUUUGAACUGCGAUAUCUCGGUUAUGGAACAUCACAAAAAUAAAAGUUAUUUUUUUUUACUUUCCUAUUAAAAACAUCUUGGAGAUAAAUACCAAUUAGUCAGUGGCUCGUACCCAUAUAUUCUUAAACUAUACCAAGAUGCAUUGCUGUUAUUUUACAAGCAGCAUUUAAUUGAUUAGAUAUGACCUUCUUAAAAAUAUUUUUCUUAA